AUGGAUCUCAGUACUUUGGCCACGCUGCAAACAGAGGGCGUGAACCCUAGAACUCGCAACAUCGACCGCAUAUCAACUCUGCAAAUGUGCAAGGUGAUCAAUGUCGAUGAUCACCUAGUCGCGGAUAGUGUUGAGCCCUGUCUGCCUGAUAUCGCGGGCGCAAUUGAUGCAUUGGCUUUGCGUGUAGCUCAGGGCGGCAGAGUAAUCUAUGUCGGAGCAGGAACCAGUGGCAGACUUGGCAUCCUGGAUGCUUCAGAGAUCCCGCCUACUUUUGCUGUUCCCCACUCUCAGUUCAUCGGGCUCAUUGCCGGUGGCGAUGAAGCUAUCCGGCAAGCACAGGAAGGCGCAGAGGAUGAUGAGAAAGCCUGCGUUGAAGAUUUGAAAUGUCUUUUUCUUAACCCCGAUCGUGACAGUCUCAUCGGGAUUGCAAGUUCCGGCCGCACGCCGUAUGUGCUCGGAGGUCUUGCUUUCGCGAAAAGUCUCGGAUGCCUCACUAUUGGUGUUUUAUGUACGGCUCCAUCUGUGAUGAGCCUGUCAGGUAAUGUGGAUUACUUGAUUGCGCCUCUGCCUGGGUCAGAGGUUGUUACUGGUAGCACACGACUAAAGGCUGGCACCGCGACGAAAAUGGUGCUGAACAUGCUAAGUACCGGCACCAUGAUUCGAAUUGGGAAAACUUACGGCAAUAUGAUGGUUGAUAUGGUAGCCUCAAAUCUCAAACUGGAGCAACGAUCUCGCAAUAUGCUGAGAACACUCAGUAUGAAGUGCAACGGCAUUUCUGACUCUGAACUGACUACGCUCCUUACCAAGUGCAACAACAGUGUCAAGCUCGCUAUCUUAGUUGCUGAAACGGGUAAUUCUGUUCAGGCAUGCGAGCAACAACUAGUAUUAGCUGGCGGUGUUCUGGCGAAAGCAUUGGAUAAAAGAUCUAAACUCACUCAGUCGCAAAUGCCAGAUAGACAAUUUGUAUUGUGUAUCGAUGGUGGAGGUACCAAGUGCGCAGCUGUGGUAACUGAUGCCAAUGGCACCGCGAGUCAUGGUUAUGCCGGUCCAUGCAAUUUGACUGAUAUUAUUGCAAAUGUAGACGCAGUUGUGGUGACCCUUCUUACAGCCACUAGAAAUGCACUGAGAGAGCACAUUCAGAGUGGCACGGAACCAUCGGAAUCACGUUGGAAGGAAUAUCUUCAAGCCACCUUUCGCUCUGUCUGGGUUGGAAUAGCCGGUCUGGAUCGGACUAACCUGUAUGAAAUACUAGUUCCUAAGCUUGGGGAAGCCUUUGGCGUUGACGUAAAGCUGACCAAUGACGUGGACUUAUUACCUGCCGUUGUCUCACCACGCGAUGGAAACUCCGUUAUUGUCUUGAUUGCAGGAACAGGAAGUGUGGUAAUGCGGUACUCUUGGACCGAUGAUCUAAAAUAUAUCCGCAAUGCUCGUGCUGGCGGAUGGGGACAUGUUCUGGGCGACGAGGGCGGUGGAUUCUCCAUUGGUCUGGAGGCAGUCAAACACACCCUAGCCGUCCUAGAAAACAAGAUGCAUGGUGUGAAAGAGAAUGACUUGACCGAAUUUGAAGAAGCAAUCAUCAAGAAUCUUGGUUGUCAAGUCGUAGACGAUGGCAGUAUCGAUCUUUUGAACAAAAUUCUUUCACAAAGCCAGUCACGAAACAUCAAGUCUUGUAUUGCCGGUAUUGCAGAGACUGUCCUGAGGUUCACAGCUUGCAACAAGACUGCAAAUGGCAUUGUGAACGGCCAAAUAUCACAUCUUGUGAACAAAACAUUGAGCCGUCUAGCCAAUCCUAGAUGUGCUGGUUAUGCUGUCCCAGAUGAAACGGACUUGGUCCUGGCGGGUGGUUUGAUGAAGAACGAGGGAUAUCUACAAGCUCUGAGGCACUUCUUACGAGAGAGAAGAUUGGAAUUCCGCAAUGUUCAUGUGGUUGAUGAUGUCGCGUUGGCAGGUGCGAAAUCGCUCAUCUCAUAUCGAUCAGCAAAAACUUGUCUAUAA